UUGUACUGGGGAGGAUGAGACAGAAGCCUUGGGCUGUUUGUGCGCGCUAAUAUCGCGUGCUGUUUUUUCACCAGUGGAAAUCAGUCGCAUUGUUGCGAGAGCGCGGAUCGAGCUGAGAUGCAGGCGGCCGUUCUCUCCUCACCGACACGCACACCGAGCCUUCAGCGUGCUCGUGUUUCUGCCGUGAACAUUCACGCUUUAAUGCUAUGAAACCUCCGUCCUGACAGCAUUUGUUCAGUCUGUGCCUCGGUGCCGAAAUGCAGGAGCGAAUGAAGCGCCAUGGAGCGGCGGUGCUGCUGACGCUGUGCGCGGUCCUCGAGUGCAUAGAAGCAAAGAAGUACUGCUGGUAUUUUGAAGGAGGAUAUCCCAUCUAUUUCAUAUGCCGCUCGUACGAGGACUGCUGUGGGACGCGCUGCUGCGUCCGAGCGCUUUCCAUCCAGAGACUCUGGUAUUUCUGGCUGCUGCUGAUGAUGGGCGUGCUCUUCUGCUGCGGCGCGGGCUUCUUCAUUCGCCGGCGGAUGUAUCCGUCAGCGCUCAGCGAGGAGCCCGCCUUCAAUGUGUCCUUCACCAGACAGCCCGUCAGCACGCCAGUCUCCCAACAAGCGGGCAUGCAAGGCUACGGUGACCCCUGCGGCGCCAUGACGACGACCCUGACCCCCGCCUACCCGGGUCAGACGGCUCCGGCACACAUGAUGAGCUCGUACCCGCCGCCGCCCUCCUACUGCAACCACCCGCCGCCCUCGUACGAGCAGGUGUUCAGGAACGCCGAGAAGAAGAACCACAGCGAAUCCUCACAAUGAGAAACACCGCUGACGGGAAGCAGAAAUCUGCCUCCAGCAGACGCUCUCCAGAAACGCUUCUUUUUAUUUGCUUGUUUUCAGGACGCCUCUUUCUUGCCCGUUCCCGGUUCGUUGUUUUAUGGUUUGACAGGCGCGCUGCGGAGGGGCAACAAACGUCCUGAUGGGACGUGGGAUUUCAAACGGACUUCACUCGCUGACAAGAGCCCUCAAGAACCUGUCAGGAUGUGAAGCGCAGAAGACAGUGAGCGUUUCCACUUCCUUUCUUUGAAAAGCGGGUCUCGUCGGGCUGAAGCGGACCUCGGCAGGUCGACGAGGUGAAAGCAACCCGUUGACCUUCUGGAGAACAGGAUGAGAUGGCGCGGAAAACACACAACGUCCAUCCGGUCGCCCCGCGUGCGGCCGACAGAACUUAAGAACCCAAACAGCAGGGAGUUCCGUACUGUAGACGCUGAUCGUGCAUUUAACGUAUCGCAAACACUGAAUAUUAAGCGAUACUGAUGACGGGCCGCAGUAUUCAUGCUACCUGAGCCUCACAAACAUAUGCAAGCCUGUUUCUGCCACUGAAGAAAAAAAAAAAAAAGGUAAUUGUGACUUUUAUCUCAUAAUUCUGAUAUAAAACCGUAAGAAAUUUUUUUUUUUUCCUCCAGAAUUGGAUUUUAUUGCUUGCAACUGCAAGUUUAUAUCAAACAAAUUUGAGAAAAUAAGCCAAGAGAAAGAAAUCUGAAAUGUGAGAGAUCAACUCACAAUUGUGAGAAAGUCAGAACUGAGUUUGUGUCCCGCAAUUCUGACUUUAUUAGUCACAACUGAGUUUAUAUGCCACAAUUUGUUUUUCUCACAAUUUGAGGUUGUCUCACAAGUGAAAAAAGUAUGAAUUGCGAGAUCUGAAAUCACAAUUGUGAGAAAGUUAGAACUGUAAACUAAAGUUAAAUUACUUUUUUUUUUUUUUUUUUUUUAAUCUCACAACUGAGGAAAAAGUUUGAAUUGUAAACUAAAGUCACAAUUACUUUUAAAUCUCAUAACUGUAAAAAAGUUAAAAUUGUGAGAAAGUGUCAAUUACUUUUUUACAUUUAUCUCAAAAUUGUGAGACUCACUAUAAACUAAAGUCACAAUUACUUAAAAAAAAAAAAAAUUCUCACAAUUGUGAGAAAAAGUUAGAAUUGUGAGAUAAAAAGUAAAUUACAUUUUUACAUUUCUUUAUCUCAAAAUUGUAAGAAAAAGUUAGAAUUGUAAAUUCAAGUCACAGUUACUUUUUAAUUUUUUUUUAUCUAACAACUGAGAGGAAAAAGUUAGAAUUGUGAACAAAAAAUAUUACAAUUACUUUUUUUUUAAUCUCAUAAUUGUGAAAAAGUUUUGUAAGAUAAAGUCAAUUACAUUUUUACAUUUCUUUAUCUCAAAAUUGUGAGAAAAAGUUAAACAAUUAUGUAUGUAAAAAGUCACAAUUAUGUUUUCACAUUUCUUUAUCUCAAAAUUGAGAUAACAUUAGAAUUGUAAACUCAUAAUUGUGAGUUAAAAAGUCACAGUUACUUUUCAAUUUUUUUAUUCAGUGGCUGAACCAGGCUUCCGUACAAACAGGAAAUAGUCUGUUCUUUUGUUCCAAUCCCAGUGGUUUAAUGGGUCAAGAAACUCUUCUAUGGCUGUUCAUUUGAAACAGAUGAUGAACUCACAUGGGCUGAGUUUACUGAAGCCAUGUUAACCACUCACAGCAAAGGAAAGGUACAUUUAUUCACAUCUUCUCCGGUUCAUUACAUCCAUAGUGCCGUGUUUUUGUGGACGGGCUGAAAAAUUGCAAAGGCUCAUUUUGGGUUAAACGUCUCAUUUUGUUGGAGAGUUCACUCCCGUUAACGGCCCUCUGUGAGUUUAUCUGUGCAAAUUAAUUACUAGACUACAAUUACCAUUGAAAUAUGUGCAGACGGACAAUAAGGAUUCACCCCAAUGAGAAAUACGGCUGAAUUUAAGUGUUAUUUGGAGGGAGUGAUGCAUUUGCCACAACAACUCUAAUUAGUUUCAGGCCUCUUCGUCAGCAUGGAAGAGGAUCAAACGUAAAGCCGCGUUUAAUCACUGGUUAAGCUUUUUGCUUUUUGAAUAGUUUUUAAAUAAACUAAUAAGAAAUAAUUUGCAUAAAAUCAAGCAUAUUUUUAGGAUCAUUAAGGAACCUUUUUUGUUGAUGACAGUUAAGCAUAUUAAUUAACCACCAAAAGAAUAAUUUGGGUAAAUGUGCUUAAUAAUUGUUUUAAAUGAAUGUAAAAGCAAACAAAAAACCUGUUAUAUUCUUAAUUCAUUUCUUUGUUUUUUGUUUUUGAGGUGAAGUAUGACGUAAGACGUUGUUUGUUUUUUGAAACUAUUUGGGGGAAAAAAAAAAAAAAGUCUAUCAAACUGGAGGCCAUUAGUAAACUGCACUGUGCUCUUGCAGUUUAAAUGUACUGAAUAUCAAUUCAACGUGAUUUGUUGGAACAGAGAGUGGAAAAACACUUUCUAAUGACAUAUUUUGCAUACUUGAUUCUUAUGAUGAAUAUUUGAAAUGCUGGCUGGUUUCUAUUCUUGAUGUUGUGAUUGUGAACAGAAAGUACCUUUGGGAUCAGGAAUGAAGGUGUUAACACAACACACACUGGGUAGGAAAGUUCAUUCAUUGCAUUAUUUACCAAUUUAACUCCUAAUAUUAACAAAAAAAAUGCAAAGCAUCAAUAGGUUUGGGUAUAUUUCAAGUACAUUGCAAACCUGUUUUGACGGUGUUGUUUUUGUAGUUGUGAUUGCAUUGUUCAUGGUUUCUUUCGUUGAUCUGCUUGAAGUUGAACUAUGCAAAGAGAGACUGAGUCCAUUUGCUGAUGUUGGAGUUUGUUUAUCUGUUAAGAUCAGCUGUUUGGUGUUUUGUUUUAAUCUCAUGAACUGGUGGUUGAAGAGACGUUCAAAUUACAGCGUAGGCUGGGACACGACGCUUCGGGUGUCAAGGACAGCUGUGAAAUUGUAUGGUGUCAAACAUCUGCCUCUCGAUCCGGAGUGACAAACGGAUAAUUACGCGGCUCCAGAGAGCGAGCCGGGACCCGUGAGACGAUCAGACGGCUCUGAUGAGUAAUUGCACUGUUACCUACACUGUCAUUGACACACCAGCAACCAGUCAUAGUGAAACGCUCUCGAUGUCAGAAAAUCAUCAACUACAAUAAUAAAGUUCCCUCUGUUUCAGACUUUU